UACAUCGGCAAAGAAGAGUAGAGGGUGAAAACUGACCAUCAAGAAGGCAGAAGAAGAAAAGCAUCAUUGGGUUUAUUUAAAAGAAUGUGGCAGACUGUAAAAUGUGCAACACAAAACAAUGAAGUGGGGCCUCUUCUGCCACAGCCUAACACAAAUUUAGUGGACCCUCAGCCAGAUCCAUCUGUUCUCAAGCCAGCAGUUCUGCAGGAUCCAGAUGAUCCUCAGCCGGACCUAUCUGUCCUCAAGCCCACGGCUCUGCAGAAUCCAGUUGUUCCUCGUACAUUGCCACCUUGGCCUGUCCAGAGUGUUUUCAGGAGAAGACGACGCAUUGGAGAUCCAGUUCCAUACAUUCCUCCAGCAACUCUUCCAUUUGGUGAACUUUAUGAAUGGGGAAGGUUAAUUGGAAAAGGAGGCAAUGGCUCUGUGUAUGAGGGGAUCCGGAAAUCUGAUGGCCAGAAGGUCGCCAUCAAAUCUAUUCCAAAGAGGACAAGCGACAAUAAUAUAAAAAUUGCAAGUUGGCAAAACUUUAUAAAUAUAUCUAAAUUAAUCAAAUUGAUCUAAAUACAAGUUUGUGAGAAUUUCUAAAUCUGCUUUUCUACCACUGGACCGACUUCAAGUGGAAACAUUACUGGAACUGUUCCUUACUGUUCUUAGAACUGUUCACUCCGCUGGUGGAAAAGCAAUUAAACAUACUUAUAGUGAACUACCUUUCUAUUGAUUUUGUUUUUGUAGCUUGGAUGUUUUGAGCCAGUGUUUGAAGAAGUGGCUAUAAAUCUGGUGAUGAAACAGCCCCCGCUAAGUCCAUACAUAGUGUAUAUGCUGGAAUGGUUUGAAGAGGAAGAUGAUUACAUCCUCAUUCUGGAGUAUCCAUGUCCCUGCAAGAGUUUGCGCAGAUUCCUCAUCGACAAAAGGCCACGACUAAAUGAAUCACUGGCUCGUGGCCUGAUGAUCCAAGCGGUCCUCGGAGCAAAGCACUGUCUUGACCGGGAGGUCUUCCAUUGCAGCAUUAAAGAAGACAACAUGCUGGUCAAUACAUCGACGAUGGAACUCAAAUUAAUAGACUUUGGCGGCAGUUGCCUCGUCAAUCCUUCUGGCUUUGAAAAUGGACAUUUAGGAGGUUGCCACCCACCAGAGUACCCUAGUGAAUAUCACGCAGGACCAACAACAGUCUGGAGUCUGGGCGCUGUGCUAUACUCAAUGGUCACCGGAAAUAAGCCCUUUAAGACUGCAUUUGACAGAAUGAUAGCCAAUGUGACGAUUGACCACACAUUAUCCAGAGAAUGCCAGGAUUUGAUAAACCGGUGCCUGACUCGUGAUCCUGCAGAGAGAGCAACUUUAGAGGAGAUCUCACAGCAUGUAUGGUUUAUACAGGGACAGAUGUCAGGAGUAACUCAGGAGUCAGGUAGUGUAACCUAGGGAAGGCAGAAGAGAAAUCAGAAAAGCAAGCAGUGCUUCAAUUUUUCUUUACAUUUAUUAAAUCAGAAGAUGCUCCAAAUCAGUCCCAGUGAGGAAAAACAGCACAAACCAUUCAGCACAAAGUCUUCAGAGGGUUGAGUUUAGUUAAACAAUAAGCAGCAAACUUGGUGCACAAAAAAAUCUGAAAAUUGUUUGAGGAAGUCUGAAAUCAUAAAUCUAGUUCAAUUAUUGGGUGGGAUUUCCUAAAUAAAUCAUUCAAAAAAGAUUUUGUGCUUGUUUCUCGAUAAGAAGGAAAGACAUGAGUGGUUUUACAAUUAAGAUCGACCAAAAGGUAAUAGAAAUAGUUAGUGAUGUUACAUUUUCAGGUAUUAUUUUGG